CCCCCUGCCCGCCCCGGCCCCGCUGCCUCGGCCCGGCUCGCCAUGGCGGCAGCCGUGGACGAGAGCGCCCUGCCUUCUAUCUCCACUUUCGCCAACUUGAUGCCGCUAGAGGAGCGGCCCGCCGACAUGCUCCACGUAAGCGCCUGGCACGGGGGAGAGGGUGGCAAGAGGAUGCUUCAGCAGGAUGGCCCUGCUGCCGUCAAGCGGGAGGAUGAUGACCUGGGCAAGUUCGUGGACUUGGACUUCAUCCUGGCGCACACCAGCAGUGGCGGACAGGCGCCGACCGGCCCCAACUACCCCCUCCCCGAGACCCCCGAGAGCUGCGGCACCACCUACGACAGCGACGGCUCGUACUCCACACCGGGCAAGUUCCCGGCGCCUUACCCCGAUGGCCAGGGCCACAGCUACGUGGCUGAGCUGCUCACCCCGGACCUGCCCGGCCACUACGACCUGCAGCGGAGGGAGUACACGGAGCUGCGGGUGCCCGGCGGCCCCCACCACCACCCGCCCCCCCAUCACCACCCGCCUCUCCACCCGGCCCUAGCGCGCCCACUGCCCCUGGACCCCGCGCAGUCCUUCGGGCCCCGCAUCAAGAAGGAGCAGCCGGAGGAGCGCGCCUGCAUGCUGGGGAUGUCCGCCGCCGAGUACCUCGGACCGGGCGGUGGCGAGCACAAGCCACGCGUGGCGCCGGGUCCCGGACCGGGACCGGUGCCGGGGCCGCCGCUGCCCUACCCGGGUUUCCCCCACGGCCGCUUGGGGCCCCCUGAGGAGCCGCUGCCUGGCGCCGAUCCCCACCUCUUGGCCGACCUGCCGCCCCACUACGCCGUGGCCCCGCACCGCUAUGCGCCCCACUUCGCCCCCCAGCCGCCACCGCAGUUUCAUGGACAUUUCAGUGUUUUCAGGGAGCCCCUGAAGGGGCCGGGGCCGGGCCCGGCGGGGCUGCCUGGGCUGCUGGUCACGCCGCCCAACUCCCCGGUGCUGGAGUACUUCCCGGCCGGGGCUGCCCCCGAGGACUGCAAGCCCAAGCGCGGCCGCCGCUCGUGGGCGCGCAAGCGAACGGCCACGCACAACUGUGAAUACCCGGGCUGCGGCAAGACCUACACCAAGAGCUCCCACCUCAAGGCGCACAUGCGGACCCACACCGGCGAGAAGCCCUACCACUGCACCUGGGAAGGAUGUGGCUGGAAAUUUGCCCGCUCCGAUGAGCUGACCCGCCACUACCGCAAGCACACAGGGCACCGGCCGUUCCAGUGCCACCUCUGCGAGCGAGCUUUCUCCCGCUCAGACCACCUCGCCCUCCACAUGAAGCGGCACAUGUGAGCAGUGGCUGCGGCCGGAUUCGAUGUCCCCAGAGCCAGCUCACAGUGUAAAUAGCGUCGGGCCAGGGAUAGCAAUGGGGAGCAGCCUGGCCACCCAGCCCUCUCCGCUUGUAGUUAACUAGUUUUCUCCUCUUGUCCCUGUGAGAGCUGGCCCAGCCAAGUGGUGGGGAAGGGCUGUUUUGGGGAUAUAUGUGGGGAGUAAAACUGGAAGAAACACCUGCCCAGGCAUCACCACUCAGCUCUCCAUGCCUGGAGGGUUUCACCCAGCCAGAUACCUGGUGAGUGGGGGAGCUGGUGCAUAAGGGCUCUGUCCCCAAAACUCCUGGCUUGUUUUGGCAUCAGCUUAACCUUUCUUCACCCAGAUUCUGGCACCCCCCUGGCUCUUGGGGCUGUGGUGGCUGGCUCUGCCUGCAUUUUGGCUGGAGAGCCAUGCCAGUUGGGCACGUUUUUGUUGUGGUGCUGGGAAAUGGGUUGCUGGUUGUCUCGGUUGUGAUCAUCAGAACAAACCUCCUGACCCAAAGCCCAGAGUGGGUGGGGGGAGGGUGGGAUUUGAUUGGCUUUUGGCUAUAAAGGUUUGCAGGUGUUGGCAGCACAGCAUCACCUUGCACAGAGGGCAGGGAUGCUCCUGUCACCAGCCUGGGACCUCACUGGGCAGUCCAGCCCUGGCCAUUCCCAGUUUUCCACUCAAGAGCCUAAAAUGCCUCUCCUGGCUCUUGUCUGCUUUAUUUUGUCUUGUUCUUCCCCUCAGGAUGACACCAGGUACUGCUGCAGCUGCUUUCCCCAUGCUGCUUUUUUAAAUUUAGUAUGUUAAAGGACAGUGAGUCCAGCUAUGCUAUACUUGAAACUUUUGUAGAGGGGGGGACACGAGAGAAAGCUCAAAAGAAAAUGAGUCUUUUUAUGUGCAGCUUCUGCAAAGCAAGUUGUAAAUUAAACAAAGCAGUAAUAUAUAAUGUUUCUGGUUUUUUAAUAUAUUUUCUUCCAGCUGGGAACACAGAUGAGUCUCAGCUUUGGGAAGUGCACUGUUCCCGUCUGUGUAUAUUGUUAAUUAACAUUUCUCUGCUUGGGCACGUUAGGUCUCUUGCACUCUGAAAUGUUACUUUUCUUUAUAUGCAAACUGUUGAAAUAUUGUGAUCUGCUGUAUAAUAAAUAAACAAGAUGUAAACAUGAAAGAGCCAGGAGAGUUUACUUUAAAGGUUUCUUCUAAGAGGAGAGGGUGAGGCUGAGCUUGUUUGUCAGUAAAUAUUUACAUCGAUGUUCAUUUCUGCUUAAGUUAGCUGCGGAGGAUCGAUGGGGAACGCCCAAGCCUCGGCAUCUGAGUAGCAUCUCCUGUGCAACAGCUCUUGAGUCACCCCACUUCCCUGUGCCUCAGUUUCCCUAAUCUGUAGAUGGGGCAAUUGUGGCACUGGGAUGGUGUGACUGGUCCUGCGGUGAGUCAUCUCCAAGGGGAAUGGCAGCCGAAACUCAACUGAGAGCCUUGCUGGUCCUGAAUUCUUCCUGAACAGUCCUGUCCUGUUGUGCCUCACAGUGGGAGCUCUACAGUAUUGGCCUUGUGGUCACAACAGGAGGGAGGUUGAUGUCAGCUGCCUGGUCCUGGGUGCUGUCUCUGCUGUCCUCCUGGGGAUGGCCUGGCAGCUUGGUGGGGUUCAGGUGCUGAGGUUUCCCUGCGUUAAUAGGUGGUGACUCAGCACAAGCAUGCUGGCAGGUCCUGAGCUCAGCAAGCAGGUCUGGCUCCAUCCCUCCCUCCCACAGCUGAUUACCUGUGAUGCACGAAUCCCUCUGAAAGCAGGAACUUGUCCAGACCUGACACCAUGCUGGCAGCGCAGGGAGCACACAGGCUGUAUGAUGCCCUGGCCCAGGGUGGUGGUGGCAGCAGCUCCCUCCUCCUGUUUUUACCACUGCAACCCCCAGCGGUGGCCAAGGCUGGGGGGUGCCCUGGGGCUGUUUACCCUGCAAGUGGAAGUGGGGUGUAGCUGGGCUGAUCCAACUCUUUCCUGCUCAGAUGGGAAUGGCAGAGCAGGUCUGAUGUUCCCCUGAGGAGUGGCUAGUAUUUUAGUGUUGGGCUCUUUGUUCUGGGACCAGUGCCCAACCUUGUGGUCUGCGCUUGAGCAGGCACAAAAGCAUGGGUGAUUCCAGGCAGGGUGGCAGCAGCUUGGGGCAUCAUGUUUUGCCUGUAGGACUGAGAUCAGGACCAUGGGGCUGCAUCCAUAGAUGUCACAGAUCCAUCAGGCUCAAUCACUUGUCCUUUCCACUGCUGUCUCCACCCUCUGCUUGCCCCACUUUCUGAGAGGUGACUGCUGUGGGAUGCAUGUGGCCUGUGCUGAGGUACUGGGGAAGUCUUGUUCCUGGGACCACCAGAACCUAAGGAUAAGGCUACAAUGCCAGGGGAUAGCUGGGGCAAGGCUUCUGCCUCUUGCUUGGAGACUUGUUCAAAACGUCACAUGGAGGGAGAGGGAAAGGUGUGGGCUGUUUGAAUUAGCGAUGAGUCAGGCUGGCAAAGCCAGAUGGGGAGAGUGCGUGCCUGCGUGUUUGUGUGCGUAUAAGUAAUCUCUGGCUUUGUGUUUUUAUUAUGAUUAUUAUUUUUAUUUCCAGGGGAACGAUGAAUUUCUCCAACCAUCCUGUCCCACUGGAAAGGCUGGCUCUGCUGUCCUGUCCUCCCUAAGCAUCCUGGGAGCUGGAGUGACGGUUCACGGCUGUUUUGAGGUUCAGCUCUGAGAUCAGAGCACAAACCAGUUCUUUCUCGCCUUUCAUCAUUGCUGUGCCAGGGCAGGAGUGAGGUCCGGCUCUGCUGCCGCUACCUUACACUGAGGCAAGAACAGGGGAAGGUGCUUUGGCUCCUCCAAACAGAGCUACUCUGGGUUUACUCCCUGUGCCUGGGGCAAGGCACUCCUUCAGGCACACAAUGGGGCAUGGCAGUCAAAGGGACCAUCGUGGCUAGGAAUCGCCGCAUGGCUGGAGAUGAGUGGCUGUAGUGGAAAAGACAAUUAUGGUUAAUUUGUUGUUAAUAAAGAACACCCUCUUCCAAUUGCCUGGGCUAAGACACACUCUCCAUUGGAGGAGGGAGGCCAGUCCUGUCCCCAGCAAAACCUGCCCUACAAAGUGAUGAGGGCAGCAAGAAAACACCUUUGGCAGCACAGAGGGAGUCAUGGCUGGGGUGCAAUCCCUGUGGUAUGUGCACCUGCAGUCAGCUGGAGAACCCUGAGCUAGGCCAUGUUUCCCUCCCACUUCCUGUCUAAAAGGACCCUGAGAACUGUGCAGAGGUCCCUGAACCCUCUGUAACUCUUAAGCCCCACGGUUUUGGGGUGCAGCUGACCUGAUCCAAGGAAAAGGCAAGUGGGUAAAAGAAGGAGCAAGGUACGGAGAAACACCUCCCAGCAGAAGUGUGAGUCGUGGCCACAGUCUGGCCUGGCACCAUGCAGUCACCUGCCGGUUGAAGAGGAGCCCUGUGGUCUUCAAAGCUGGAGCGGGGUGAAUGAGAAGCUUGAGUGGGUUUCUGUUGUCUGGGGAUGACUCAGCUCAUGGGGAUCCCCCUUGCUACAGCAAGCAGAUCCCACAGCUGAUCUGGGAUUGUUGAUCUGUAGGGAGAAGGAGUGUUGUAGAUUGGAGGGUUCCUUAGCUAGGGCUUGACCUUGAGGGUGCUGUGGUCCAUGGGGACAGCAUGGAACUGGGGAGGGGACAAGAGUGCUAUGGGUGGUAAGCAGCCUGGGUGCUCUAGGGUGAAAGGAUAGUUUGGGGGUGCUUGGACAAAGGCUGACAUAGACCAUUCCUCACCACAAGGUCAGAGCUUGGGUCCCCAGGACCAAGGUGUAUGCUCCCCGGACUUGAGUCUCCCAUCAGAGGAGCCGUGGGAAGUGCUUCAUCCCUGCCACAGAAGGAAGGUCCAGCAACUUGUCCCCAUGUCUGUGCUGCUUGGGUGGGCCAGGUGCCACGAUAACGGGGCCGUGGCUAUCACCGCACCCUUAGGAAACAUUUGGCUUCAGGCACCUGAACCCACGGGGAAGCGAUAACUCCCUGCUCACUUGCCCUGCCUGGACCCACACCUGGCGCUGUUGUGCCUUAGUCACACACCGAGAGUUUUUCCACUGCCGGGCCUCAGAUAACCUUCUCCUGCUCCACUGGCCGCAGUGUUUGCACUUGUCCUCCUCCGCUGGUGCCAGGCUGGGAGACACACACACCCUGAGCCCUGGUCCAAAGGCACGCACACCUCUGGCCUGGGGCCACCUUUGGUCAUAUUUGGCAGCCAGGGCACAGGGUGUGAGGUGCAUCCUUCCCUGGCAUCCUGAGGUGGGUGAGGAGCUGGCCUGGAGGGGGCCUUCUUGCCAGGGCUAAAUCCAGGGGCACAUCUCUUCCCCCUUUGCUUGGUGACAGAUUACCCAGGCUCGGUACGCUGGACAUCCCUGGUGUCCAGGACAGCUGGAGGUGGGUGAUGGUGUUGCAGUGACAGGACAGUGAUGCCAGAGUUCCACGGCCCAGAAGCACUGGGCUCCUCCUCACUGUUGGCUUUUCCUGACUCUGCAUUCCCUCGGUUCUCCCUGUGCCCUGGCGAGGCAGGACCCUGGUGGUCAAAUCUGGCCACAGUCCCGGUGCAGGACUCUUAAUGACAGACCACGUACACGACUCAGGUUUCCAGCCUUUCCCCUUUGUUCUGUGCAGCGGCCAGGAACAAUAACUCCAGGUCCCCCCUGAAGCAGUGCUAAUUGCUCUGCUGAUGAGCCCAUUAGCAGAAGCACCCAGCUAAUGUAUUUCACCUCCAGGUCCAUACAUCUCCUGGUGGGACACAGCUCCUGAGGCUCACAGAGGUGUGGGGGAGGCAGGCGAAAUGGGAGAUGUAAUCAUA